GGACGAUAAGGAAACAACUGAGAUGUAGAUAAUUCGAAAUGUUGUUUUGGUUAACAUAAUUUGUUCCCAACCAUUUCUAAAAUGGGAGGAAAGGACUCAAAGCUAGCAUUUAUUUCUUAUGAAGAUGCUGUAAAGCGAGUGAGUGAAAAUGAAUGUAAACGUCUCAAGGAAGCCUUCAAGCGAGCGUCCACCCUGAAUGGACUUAUGACAGAGAGUCUCUUUAUCAGAGAGGUCUUAUGGGAUGGUGUACCUCCAAAACUUGCACAGCUAAUUUACCAAGGAUGUGGUGGCAGCAACAAAGGUCUUUCCUUCAAAGAUCUUGUCUGUGGACUCGUCGUUUUGACUAAAGGAACACGGGAAGAAAAAAUCAAACUGAUCUUUGGGAUGUAUGCUGAUGAGAGUUACAGUUAUGUUCAGAAGGACGAGAUGGAUCGACGCGUGCUGGAGACUGAGGGGCAGGUGUCGCCCGCACUCUCCACGCUCUUCAGGGAGAGCGAUCAAGUGAACUUUGAGACCUUCUACCAGUGGGUUCGCAUUCAUCCUGAUGCAACAAUAAUAACAAGAUGGCUGCUAAUGGAACAGAGUGCGAUAUCGCUGUCAAACGACAUGGAGACACCCACUUUUUAUCAGACUCUGGCAGGGGUUACACACUUGGAAGAAACCGACAUAAUUGAACUCGAGAAAAGAUACUGGAUUCUGAAAGCCCAGUCUAAGAGUGGAAGAUUUGAUCAAGAAACCUUUAAGUCAUUUGUAACUCCCCCAUUACCUGAUGUUCUUACUGAAGGUCUUUUCCUUGCCUUUGAUGAAAACCGAGACAAUCACAUAGAUUUCAAAGAAAUGGCGUGUGGUAUCUCAGCGUGUUGUCGGGGUCCUUCAACAGAAAGGCAGAAAUUUUGUUUUAAGGUGUUUGACAAGGAUCAUGAUGGCAAACUGAACAGCAAGGAUAUAACUGAGAUGAUGGAAGCUCUUAACGUUGUACUUGACGAGUGCAAGUCACUUGCAGCAGUUGAAAUUGAAAACAUGCCCAAGUUGGACCCCGAGGUAGUAACACAAGAGAUCUUGUCUAGUCUGGAUACUGACAAGGAUGGUUGUAUUACAAUGGAGGAGUACUUAGUUUGGACGGUGAAAAAUACACUGACAGAUGACUUUCUCAAUCUACUUACACAGAUAUGUCAUGUUGUACUUGGUUUAAAACCACAAACCAGAGAGGAAGAGGGGAGAAUAAUUCAAUGUUGGUUGGAGCGCGAGUCCCGGAAGCCGCUCCAGGUUGGCCAGGUUUGGUACCUUAUCUCCAUGCAGUGGUGGAACACGUGGCUGGAAUAUGUCAACGGAGAUAUGUUUGACAUUCAAAGUCCACAAAACGUCUCCAAACAGAAACUAGUGAAGACGAAGGGCACGAACGGCGCACUGGCCUGGGAGGACGAGUCUGUAAUAAUGGUGAACCACCACAGGAUGAACGGUGGCGGAGACCGCGGCGAUCGUGAACCGCCGCAUCAGAACCACCACCCGCCAUUCAUCCACUCGGGCAGCCCAUACAACAGUCUGCAGAGACGGUCACGGAGUCCACGCAAAAACAGCCUGAACCCGCUGGAAAACGUGGUUGCGUCCAAUCGCAGUCCAAGCCCCUCCCCGACGAUGAAGAGGAAGCACAUGAUCGGCCCUCCUCAGAAGCCGGUUGCCAUCGACAACAAUUCUCUGGUGAUGUCCAACACAUACAAGGUUACCACUCUGACUAACGAAGGAGGUCGCCUGAAACGUGAUGUGAUGCUGGUACGAGGAAAAGACUUUGAACUGGUUCCAGAACCGGUCUGGCGGGCUCUAUCUAGCUGGUAUGGUGGCGCUCCAGCACUUCCGAGAACUGUGAUAAUGUCUUCAGUAGGAGAUCCCCACCCAGAACUGGAGCUGUACCCAGUCACUGUACGACUGCUACGACAUCAGCUCCCCAGUCAGCGACCCCCUCCACCCACCACCUUCACGGGCAUGAUGGCCGGAAUCGGAGGAAUGGCCAUGAGUUUUGCAGCUAGCCCAACCAUUCCACGCAGAAACCUUGCUUAUGUAGCAGCUUUCAGCCGGAAACACACAUUACAACAGAUAUACGAUUUCCUGUGUACAAAACUAAGGUUUUCUCGGGAAGACAUUCACCUUUGGAAAAUCAGUCCCAAAGAUGAGCAAAACCUCACCUUGCUGGACGAUGAGUGUGUGACUGUUGAGGAUGCUGGAAUUGAAGAAGGCCAACAGAUUUUAAUUGAAGUGAGGAACAAGGACCUGACGUGGCCAGAGGAGAUGUCUCAACUCGCCAAAAACAAAACAAUGAAGAAGGAUGAUGUGCCAACUGAGAGAGGGGCUACAGGUCUAAACAAUUUAGGAAACACGUGCUUUAUGAAUGCAGCAUUGCAGUGUGUAUCCAACUCAACUCCUCUCACUGAGUACUUUAAUGGUGGCCUCCAUCUCUUUGAGUUAAACAGAACAAACCCAUUAGGAAUGAAGGGUCACAUAGCACAGAGAUAUGGCGAGUUAGUGAAGGAACUUUGGAGUGGUACAACUAAAACAACAGCACCUCUUAAAUUCAGAUGGACCAUUGGGAAAUAUGCACCCCGGUUUAAUGGCUUUCAGCAACAUGAUUCUCAGGAACUUCUCAGCUUUCUACUUGAUGGCCUUCAUGAAGACUUGAACCGGGUCCAUGACAAACCGUAUGUGGAACUGAAAGACAGUGAUAUGCGGCCUGACGAAGAGGUGGCAAGAGAGGCCUGGGAUAAUCAUUUGUUGAGGAACCAGUCUGUGAUUGUCGAUCUCUUCCACGGACAACUCAAGUCCAAGGUGAAGUGUCAGGAAUGUGGCCACGUCAGUGUGCGCUUCGACCCCUUUACAUACCUCUCUCUACCUCUACCCAUGGACAGCUGUAUACACUUGGAAGUUAUAGUGAAUCGUCUUGCUGGUUCUGUGCCCACGAAGUACGGUCUGCGACUGAGCAUGGAUGAGAAGUACCGGGCUCUCAAGAAGGAGCUCAGCCUGUUGUCCGGCAUCCCUGCCGAUGAUCUUCUCUUUGUCGAGGUGCUCGGGCCCAUUGUUAAGACGCUCCCUCAGGAUAAUCAAAAGAUUCGCACUCUGCUUGGUGGAACACUGUAUGCCUAUGAGCUGCCACCUACCCCAGAAAUCAAAUCUCUGUCCGCAGAAGAAGAACAUUCCAGUAGAGUUAGCAAGGAAAGCAUCGGGCUGAGUGAGAUUCAGAGAGGUUUAACGUCAAAGCGCAGUCAGAUGUGCAGUCCGGCCAAUGGCAGUAUUCCGAACGGUGUUCCACCGCAGCUGGAAGUGUCUCCUGCUGAAACCGACUCUCCCUCCCACUCGCGUAGUCCGAGCAACCCGGGAACCAUCGCAGACACCUUGUCCAAAUCGGUGGACAACAAUCUCUUCAACGGAUUUGUUAUUGGAGUCCAUCGCAAAAUGGUUUUGAUGGAUGUCUAUUUUCUGUCGUCUCAAAAGACUCGACCGAGUUUGUUUGGCACCCCUAUCAUUAUCCCCUGCCAGGAGACGACAACCAACCAGGAACUGUAUCAGUUCGUCUGGCUGCAGGUCUCCCGGCUAGUCAGUCCCUUACCACCAUCAGAAAGCAAGGCAGCCAACCAUGCACAAGACUGUGAUGACAGUUUAGGAUACGAGUAUCCCUUUACACUAAAGGCCGUACAAAAGGAUGGUUUUACAUGUGCAUCAUGCCCAUGGUACAGGUUUUGCCGAGGCUGUAAGGUGGAAUGCAGUACUGAUCUCUUUAACUUCGGUGGAUCUUUCCUGGCAAUCGACUGGGAGCCAACCGCGCUUCACCUUCGGUACCAGACAACACAGGAGAGGUUUUUCGAGGAGCACCCGAGCGUGGAAGAGAGUAGAAGGAAGCAGACAGAACCGAUAGAUCUUGACACGUGUCUGCAGGCAUUUACCAAGGAAGAAGACUUGGAUGAGGAUGAUCUCUACUUCUGCUCCAAGUGCAAGAAACACUGUUUGGCAAACAAGAAACUGGACAUCUGGCGUCUGCCUCCAAUACUGAUAAUUAAUUUGAAGCGAUUCCAGUUUUUGAAUGGCCGGUGGGUGAAAUCUCAUAAAAUUGUGAAAUUUCCUAUUAAAGACUUUGACCCCACCCAUUACUUAGCCCCACGGUCAUCACCAAAGGAAACAACAGAUGUGUGUGGAGAACCGGGUCAAGACUUGUGUUCUGAAAAUGAGAGUUCCUUGAAGCAUAAUGAAUCUGAUGGUGUGUCUGAAGCAAAUGAAAACACCAAUAGCAGCAAACCCACAUGUCCUGUACAGACACAAGAUGAUACAGACGACUACUCAGCGGGGCGGUAUAAUCUCGUCUCUAUGUCGUGUCACACAGGUAUUCUAGGGGGAGGCCAUUAUGUUGCAUAUGCAAAGAAUCCCAACGGUAAAUGGUAUUGCUACAAUGACAGCAGCUGUAAGGAAAUACCAGAACUGCAGCUGGACACCAAAUCAGCCUACAUUUUAUUUUACGAGCGUGAAAACAUUGAUCUCAACAAGAUAAUGCCGGAUGUGACUGGGAAGGAACCAGACAUGACGGAAAUUGAUGAUGAAUUUGAAUCCGAUUUCAAAAAAAAUUGUGUUUUACAAUGACAGACUGAGAGGUGCUUUUUUUAACUACACGAGAACACCACAGAAAAGUAUUACAAUAGACUUGCAUAUUUUGCUCUAUGUUCAGUGUUCUAUAUAUUCAUUGAGACUGUUUGACUGUCAGGAAUUCAGUUGAUAGAUGAGGGUGAACUGUGUCAUGUUGUUAAGAUAAUAAUUUUGACUACAAAAUGUGUUUACUAUUAAAUCUUAGUGUUUGAAAGUAGUAUCAUAAUACUAUAAUUAUUGUUAUUACUCAGUAGUUUCUGAAUUGCUUUCAAGGUACAUUGGUCAAAUGGUUAGUAAUUGUGAAUAUAUUUAAAAAAAAAAAAAAAAAAUCUAUUUCAAAUAAUGAUUUUAAAAGUAUUUUAACAUCACUGGUGAGAUACAGUUUUCUUAUUAAUAAAUAUGUUGUUUGUUUUCUUUUUUUAAAGUUAACAGUCUGUUGUAUGCCCUAUUGAUGUUACUAUAACAAAGCUAGAUAGUUAGCCAAAGGUCUAAAUUUAUAGAAGGAAAAUAUAUCUUAAUAAGUGUAUUUAAUUUAGUAAUACAUUAGUCUAGCUAUAAAUUCAGUUUUAUUUUUUUAAGAUUAAAUACAGCAAAGUAAGAAAGUGUAAACUUUUCAAGGCUUUGCUCUUUAACAUAACAUUUAUUUAAAUAAAGCUUUUAUAUACGACUUUUAUAAAUGAUACAGAAAGCUUAAUACUGUACUUUGAAGCGAGAGAGAAUUUGGUUGUGAGUAGGUGUUCAUCAUGUAUGUAAUUCAAUUUAUGUCAUGAUUGAGCCUGUCAGCUUUUCCAGAUAACAGAAUUUCUUGUUACAUUCCAUGAAUGGAGCAUUGUUUUCGUUGUUCCACAUAGCGAUGUUUUUCUCCAUGGACUUCUAUCUGCUAGAUGAAUGAAGAUGCAGUUUAGCUGCAUCCCAUUCUGUUAAUUACCAAAGUAUUACCUUUAAAUUAGUAUCAUCAUCUACCAUCAUUUCAAAGAAAUAAUUAUGCAAGGUUUCUUUUUUAAUCUUUUAUAAGUGAAAUUUAACAGUUUGUGAAGUUGUUUUGUUUUGUUAUGAUUUUAUAGGUUUGGUUCUUUUUUCACUACUUGAAAAUAUUUAUCAGCCCACCGACUAAUAUUAGACAUUGUGAAAAGUGAAUAUAUAUAUAUAUUAUAUAUAUAUGUAUCUGAAUGUGCCAUGGCUGUAAAUAAGAGGUGAAGACUAAUAAUUAAGACAGCAUUGCUAGUCCUAUGCUUUAAAGGUAACACAACCACUUUGUUACAGUCCUGGGCCCCGUUUUACGAAGCUAUCAUAGCACAAAGAUCACCUAAAGUGUAUAAUGUAGCACGGCCCUUAUGGUGAUCUUAGAGCUAAGAUCGCUUAGUGGAAUGAGGCCCUGGUAUUAUUCAUGUUAUGUUUAAUUAAAAAUAACAUAAAUUAUCCCCCCCCCCCCGUUGAAUAUAUGAAUGUUGAAUGAGUCUAGGAGGGAUAUAUAUAUACUAGUGAUGUAAUUAUGGUUUAAAACUAGAUGUGAUGGGAUUCUUAUUUCAGUACCGUGAGUACAUUACUUGACUUGAUGGAAGGUGUUCGCUACAUUCCCCCAGUUGUUUCAAAAACCAAUAUAUCAAAAGUUAUUUUACGUGUUGAUUGAUCCAUUUUGUUUUUUACACAAAUUUCAAAAAUGGUCUAUGUUCAUCACAUAAAACUUGAUAUUCGUCUUUUUGUUUAGUACAGAAUUCAUAUAUUAUGUUGUUUUCUUACUUUGCUGAUUUAUUAAGAUUUCAUGUGGUUGUGUUAUUCUGUAAAAUAUAAGACUAAGAGAAAAUUUUGUUUCAGAUUUUCAUUAUUAUUAAUUCCCUAACCCAGUUAACAACCACUGUUACUCUUCACCAUGGGUAUAUGCUUUGAAAUUGUCAUUUAGAUAAAAUUGUAGCUUAAUUUCAGAGAGCUUAACUAAUAUGAAUUGUGUCAUUGGAUAAAUUGAGCUCUUUUUUUAACCCAUUCAUUGGUUGUUUUUCAAUCCCAACCAGUGGACCUAUGUCUAGUACAUCAAAGGCCAUGGAAUGCUUUUGGGAAAAGUGCAUAUUACAGGGGUGGGAAUUCACCUCGGAUCAGCUGUUUUCUCUCAUGGAACAUUGCGUUUCCUCGCAUUUUAAUCGUUCUUUCCUCCAAAAUGUGUUAAAUGGCACAGAUUUUAACCUAGGAUUUAAAGAAUUUCUGUGAACCCUCUAGAUUUCCUCUUUUUUACAGUUCAGUUCCCACCCUCGAUAUUAAAAACCCUUUGCUGCUGUUUGGUAGGGGUAUCCUAUCUGGUAGUACUGUUUCCUUUCUCUUAAAAAGAGAGGGCAGGGUUUAGUUCGGCUGGUAGAGCACUCACCUAGGUGCCAGGGUCUUGGGAUUGAACCACCUCAGCGGACCCAAUUGACUUUUUCCCACAACAACCAAUGUCCCAUUACUGGUAUGUGUUCUCAUGCCUGUGUGAAAGUGUCUAUAACAGAUCCCUUGCUGUUAAGGGAAAAAUGUAGCGGGUUUUUAAUCUGAUGACUACAUGUCAAAAUUACUAAAUAAUUGACAUCCAAUAGCAGAUGAUUAAUUAAUUGGUGUGCUCUAGUGAAGUUGUUGGACAAAACAAACUGUAACUCUUAAAACAGUGUCCAAACAAAAAGUUUAACCUCAAAUGGCUUUAGUAUAAAAUGUGCUUUAAAAUUCUUUUCUUUUUCUAGACCAACCAUGUGUGUUAAACAUAUAAUAGCUGGUGAUUAAACUUUUGAGAUGUCAUUAAACAAACGUCUCUUUUUGUUGCACCUUUACAAAGUAAAAAGUCAACAUAUCGUUCCUUAUUUUCUGAUGGUGAUGGCACCCAUAUUUGUGUUUAGCUCAAUAGCUCAAGUAUGUUACACAUGUAAUAGCUGGUGAUUAAACAGUGUUGAGAUGCCAUUAAACAAACUGUUUAACAUCUCUUUUUUUUCUCACUCUUACAAGGUAAAAAGGCAACAUAUAGUUACUGCUUAGCUGACAAUGAUGGCAAUAACAUGUGCGUUUAUCUCUAUCAAUGAAAUUUGGGUUAUAGUUCAGCUCAGUAAAAAACAAAUUAGAAAUUUAUUAAAUUGGGAAACUUUUAUGUUGAUGGUGACUGCCCAGUAUAGCAUGCAAGGUCAAUAGCAAUGUGGCUGUGUUAACUUUAUUUACAGUGAUGUAAUAAUGAAAAUCUGAAACACGAUUUUCUCACCUUCAAUGCAGUUUGUAUGAGUAGAAAACUAAUAGUGUUGCAGUGCUUGUGAUCUUUCCAUUUAUGUAUAAACUAUAUAAUUAUGUAUAUAUACAAGAAAUGUAGUAAAACGUAGGAAUGUCUUUUGUUUAUAAGCUGUACUAGUUGCAUAUGGGUGUAAUCUGAACGAGUGAUAUCUGGAGUCCAAAAAAAUGGCAGUGGGCAUGUGUAAAUUGUUUUAAUUUUUUGUUAUAAUCUUGUAUAGUUCAUCUGUGUGAAAUCCCUCUGUAUUUAUCUUAUGAAUAUUCAUCAUCAGCAUCAUUCCUUCUUCUGCCUCCAUUGGCUGUAGACUGUUUUCUAAAGAGGCAUCAUGUUUGAUUAUAUAUUAAUUAUAUGUAUAUUGUUGUCAUAUGUAAGUAUAUAAAUAUAUAUAUAUAUAUUGGGUGUUUUCAGAAUCACAUGUUUAAGAGGUAGUUUGUCCAUUUCUAAUCUUCAUCUUUGUGUGUGCAUUUUAAUUGUAUAUCAUUACAUAUUAUAAAUGCAUGAUUCCUGUUUUGAAAAAUAGUUCAGGUGAGUGUGAAGGCACUGCAGGUGCAAUUCACAAUAAAAUAAGAAAAAUAAAGCUGUGAGUUGUACAAA